GUGCGUAGCUCAAGCAAAAGUAGCGAGAAGGGGGAAUGUCGGCUUGUGAAUGAUCGGUGUUUGAGGCGGCAGGGACCGUUAACGUUAUGGCUCAACAAAAGAACCUGGAUGGAUACGUUGGCUUUGCAAGCCUCCCCAAUCAAGUGUACAGGAAGUCUGUGAAGAGGGGCUUUGAGUUCACCCUGAUGGUUGUGGGCGAAUCCGGCCUGGGGAAGUCGACUUUGAUUAACUCGCUGUUCCUAACAGACCUGUAUUCAGCAGAGUAUCCUGGACCUUCACACAGAAUCAAAAAGACUGUACAGGUGGAGCAAUCUAAAGUCUUAAUAAAGGAAGGAGGCGUCCAGCUGCUGCUCACAAUAGUUGACACCCCGGGGUUCGGAGAUGCCGUUGACAACAGCAACUGCUGGCAGCCAAUCAUCGACCACAUAGACAGCAAGUUUGAAGACUACCUGAACUCAGAAUCACGGGUGAACAGACGACAGAUGCCUGACAGCCGGAUCCACUGCUGCCUUUAUUUCAUCGCCCCCUCUGGACACGGACUGAAGCCCUUGGACAUCGAGUUCAUGAAACGGUUGCAUGAAAAAGUCAAUGUCAUCCCGCUGAUCGCCAAAGCAGACACUCUCACCCCAGAGGAAUGCCAACAGUUCAAGAAGCAGAUCAUGAGAGAAAUACAGGAGCACAAAAUCAAGAUUUACGAGUUUCCUGAGACGGAUGAUGAAGAGGAGAACAGGCUGGUGAAGAAAAUUAAAGACAAGCUGCCGCUGGCCGUGGUGGGAAGCAACACCAUCAUCGAGGUGAACAGCAAGAGGGUGAGGGGAAGACAAUACCCCUGGGGGGUUGCAGAAGUUGAAAACAGCGACCAUUGUGACUUCACCAUCCUCAGGGACAUGCUCAUCAGGACCCACAUGCAGGACCUGAAGGACGUGACCAACAACGUCCACUAUGAAAACUACCGCAGCAGGAAGCUGGCUGCUGUCACCUACAACGGCGUGGACAACAACAAAGCAAAAGGACAGCUGUCCACCAAUAUGGACACAGUUGAAGGAAUGAGUCCCCUGGCCCAGAUGGAGGAGGAGAGGCGAGAGCAUGUGGCCAAGAUGAAGAAGAUGGAAAUGGAGAUGGAGCAGGUGUUCGAGAUGAAAGUCAAGGAGAAGGUGCAGAAGCUCAAAGACUCUGAGGCAGAGCUUCAGCGGCGUAACGAGCAGAUGAAGAAGAACCUGGAGGCUCAACAUAAGGAGCUGGAGGAGAAGAGGCGCGUCUUCGAGGAUGAGAGGUCAAACUGGGAGCUCCAACAGCGGCUGGAGCAGCAGAAGAUGGAGGCCUCCAGGACUCUGGAGAAAAACAAAAAGAAAGGAAAGAUCUUCUAA